AUGAGCCACCAGCCGGUCGAGGCGGCCACGGUGUCGGUGUGGCGACGGUUCUGGAGUGGCAUCACCGUCGAGCCGGUGGUCGCGUGCUACAUGACGGCGUUCACGAUGGUCACGCUCACCGUGUCCAACCUGAACAUGCAGAAGGCAUGCCGCGUGAACCUCCAGCUGCCCGACGAGACGUGCGAGGCGCUGGUGACGAAGACCGCGGGCGGCUAUCCGGCCAGCGAGGUGGCUGUCCAAAAGCUGGUCACCGGCAUGAUGAUGUGGCAAACGUGCGCGCAGAACAUUCUGCCGUGCGUGCUCAUGCUGUUGGUGGGUGCUUGGAGCGACCGGACCCGGAAGCGCGUUCCUUGCAUGCUGUUGCCGCUCUACGGAGAACUAGCCCGGAACGCGGGUCAACUGCUAUGUGUCUACUACUUCUAUCAGCUGCCCAUGGAGGCGGCAGGAGUCGCCGAGACGAUACCGCUGGCCCUGACCGGUGGCCAAACCCUGAUGACUAUGACCGCCUACAGUUACAUCGGUGACGCCACUUCGGUGGGACAACGAACAUUUAGAAUUGGGGCAUUGAAUGCUGUUAUGGCUGUAUCUAUGGCUCUCGGAACGUCAAUGUCCGGCAUAAUAUAUAAUAAGUUAGGAUUCUACGGAGCAUAUGGUAUAUCUUCCACUUUGAUUAUAAUAGGUCUGUUGUAUGGAUUAUUGUUUGUCAAAGAUGUGACGCCAGUUACGGAGGUGAAUAAAAAUAAAUCAUAUCGAACGACCAUAUCAGAAUUUUUAGACUUCAAACACAUAACCCAGUCGGUCAAUACUACUUUUAAAAAACGUCCAAACAAACAAAGGAUUAGAAUUAUAAUUUUACUAAUUAUAUUCAUGGCAAGUGCUGGUAUAAAUGCUGGUUAUCAUACGGUAUGUUAUUUGUAUACUCGUGUUCAAUUCAAUUGGAACGAAGUAAAAUACAGUGUGUUUGCAUCUUAUGAAUUAGCAAUGAACAUAAUUGGUCUUCUAUUUACCACAUUUGUCCUUAGUAAGCAAUUUAAAAUUUCCGAUGAAAUAAUAGGAAUGUUAUCAUCGAUUAGCCAAACACUGGGUGCAUUAUUUUACACCUUCGCUUACAACGAAUCCCUUUUCUAUAUAGGACCUCUUGUGAACAUUUUAAUCGGUGCAGAAAAUAUAUCUACCAAAUCACUGAUGACAAAACUAGUACCAAACACUGAACUUAGUCAAAUAGCAGCUAUAUUUGGCAUUGCAGAAAUCAUGGUCUCAUUGGUGUUUGGUCUCAUGUACAAUGGUUUAUAUGAAGCCACAAUUAAUUUUCUACCCAGUGCUUUUUAUAUGAUCACUUUCAUACUCAGCGCCCCGUCUAUUGCUUUGUUCCUAUGGCUGUAUAUGAAGCGAAGAAAUGAAUAUGAAUACUUAAACGAGUCAAAUGAUGUAGUGCCACAUGAAAAAAGUGCAAGACUAAAGUCAAAAACUUUAAGUAGUUCUAACUAUGGAACAAUCGUAAAACCAUAG